AUGACGAAGGGUCUGGGCCAGCUGACCGAUGGAACUUGGGGUCUGGAUGAUUUUCUCCAUAGUCGCAUGUAUGGUAUGUGGCCGGGGUACGACUACGUGGGAUGGAGCAACCGGAGCUCCCCCAAAGGUUACGUGGAAAUGACUUUUGAGUUCGACCACAUCCGAAAUUUCACCUCAGUGAAGGUUCACUGUAACAAUAUGUUCAGUCGAGGGGUCCGGAUGUUCAGGCAGGCCACUUGUUAUUUCCGGUCGGGCUCAAACUGGGAAUCCGACCCGGUGACCUUCAGGCCACCUGUCGACUCCGUGAGCCAAAGUGCCCGUUUUGUCACCGUGCCCCUCGGGGACCAUACCGCCAUCGCCAUCAAAUGCCGCUUUCACUUCAAUGACCUCUGGAUGCUGUUCAGCGAAGUCGCUUUCCAAUCAGGCUCAGCGGUGUACAACACAUCUUUGACUCCUCGAAAACAUGGACACCCAACAAAUGGGCUGCCAGGGGAUGAUCCAACUCACAAAGUGGAUGACAGCAAUACAAGGAUCCUGAUUGGCUGCUUGGUGGCUAUUAUCGCUAUCCUUUUGACCAUCAUAGUUAUCAUCUUGUGGCGGCAGGUGUGGCAAAAAAUGCUUGAAAAGGCAUCACGGCGAAUUCUGGAUGAGGAACUCACAGCCCGUCUCGCGCUUCAGACUCGGGCCUUUUCCUUCCAGCGCUCUUCUCUCUCCUCUUCUCUCUCCACCUCCAACUCCACCUAUGAGAGGAUCUUCCCCCUUUGCUCCGACUACCAGGAGCCGUCCCGCCUCAUCCGGAGACUACCCGAGUUUGCACAUUUCCCGGAACACCUGGGACCAAGCAGCUCCUACAGGACUCUUGCAGCCGGUGGUUCGGAUGGCGGCCCCCCCUAUGCAGAGGCCGACAUCAUCAGCCUGCAGGGGUCCGACAGCAACGGCCACUCUGUCACAGCUGUCAGCCUCAAUAUCUUGGCUGGCGCAGAUUCAUCCAUGAGAGAGUUUCCCAGAGACAAACUCACGUUCAAAGAGAAACUGGGAGAGGGACAGUUUGGAGAGGUGCACUUGUGUGAAGCAGAAGGCAUGCAGGCCUUUUUAGAUGAUGACUCAUCUGGAGAAGGGACGAACCGAGCACCCUUACUAGUAGCUGUUAAAACACUGCGAGAAGAUGCCAACAAGAAUGCAAGGAAGGAUUUCCUGGAGGAGAUCCGAAUCAUGUCUCGCCUGAUGGACCCCAACAUUGUCCGUCUGCUGGCUGUAUGCGUGGACACAGACCCUCUUUGUAUGAUUACGGAGUACAUGGAGAACGGAGACCUCAACCAGUUCCUUUGCCAUCUCAGACUAAAGGAGGUUGAUGAUGAGGACUGUGAAGCAGGACAGGAGGAGAAAGAAGACAGGAGGAUGGUCAGCUACAGCAAACUGAUAGACAUGGCCGUGCAGAUAGCCUCCGGUAUGAAGUACUUGAACUCUCUCAACUUCGUCCAUCGUGACCUGGCCACACGGAACUGCUUGGUGGGGAAGAACUACACCAUAAAGAUCGCAGAUUUCGGCAUGAGUCGCAAUCUGUACCGCGGGGACUACUUUCGGAUCCAGGGCCGAGCUGUGCUGCCAAUCCGCUGGAUGUCUUGGGAAAGCAUUCUGCUGGGUAAAUUCACCAUGGCUAGUGACGUGUGGGCAUUCGGGGUGACUUUGUGGGAGAUUUUGACUCUUUGCAAGAAGCAGCCGUACGCCCACCUCUCUGAUGAGCAGGUCAUUGAAAACACAGGCGAGUUCUUCCGGGACCAAGGCAAACAGGUGUACCUGCCCCAACCACCUCGUUGCCCCGAUACCAUCUACGAGUUGAUGUUGAGUUGCUGGAGGAGAAAUGCCAAACACAGGCCGAGCUUUCAGGACAUACACAGUCAGUUGGUGGAGCACCUGGCGUAACCCACAGGACAUAUCGCUUGUGUCUGCUAAGCACAGCCUGCCCGCUCGCAAAUUGUUCUGUAUAAAUGUUGAGUCACAGUCAACCCUGCAAAUGUUAUCCAGUUGUUUUAAACUACUUUGCGACAAAGGGACUGUAUAUAUAUGUGUGACGUGCAACUGAAUAUACCUUUUAUACAGUACUAUUGUCAUAUUGAAUUACUCACUGUAUUUAUAAUGUUUUUAUUGUCUAUUUAUAGGUUUGAGUUAUUAUUAUUGGGGUUUGAAACACAUUUGUGCAGCUUUGUAUUUUCAUACAACCCUUGAAUGGUGUG